AUGGAGCGGACCCCUCCUGACCUCUAUAUCCUGUCACCUGUCGACGGACACUUCGGCUGUUUCUGCUCCUUGGCUGGUGUGAAUGAUGCAGCUUUGAAUAGAAGGGUGGGUGCAGGGAGGAGCCCCCCCUUCAGGCUGGCAGGGGACCCCGAGCGCCGCGGCCCUGCUGGGGGAGGGGGCGGUAGGAGGGGCCUCCGGGUUGGGGCGCGGCCCCCGGCCCUUCCUUCCCGCUCCGGUGCCCCCACCCAGGCGCGGGGCCUGGCGGUCGCGAGCAGAGGCGGCGCAGGGGCUUGGGGGGGCCGGGAGGCGGGCCGAGCUCCCCCCCCAGUCCCGCCCGCGCCCGGCGGCUGCUCGGAGGCGCCCGGAGCUGCCCCCAGGCCGCCGCCCAGCCCGGGGGCGCCAGCUCCGCCCGCAGCCCCAGCCGGGAGCCCGGAGCGGGGAGCGGGGAGCGGGGAGCCCGGCGGAGUAGCGGGGACCCCGGAUCCGGGAGCUGGGAAACCGGAGCCGGAGGCAGGAGCCGACCUAGGGGCAGCGGGAGCCCGCAGCCCGCAGCCCGCAGCCCGGAGUGGGGACCCGGGAGCAGCCCGCAGCCCGGAGCCCGCAGCCCGGAGUGGGGAGCCCGGAGCAGCCCGCCUCCCGGAGCCCAGAGCGCAGCAGGCGGAGCCCCGACUGGGGACCCGGGAGCGAGGAGCCGGCAGCCGGACUCAGGGGCAGCAGGGACCCCAAAGCCGGCAUCCCGGCGCCUGAGGGGAAC